AAGUGUCGUGUGGGCUCUAAACCCUGUAAGGAUGGACGUGAGUGUGUCCUGUACAGUCAUGUGUGUGAUGGAGAGAUGGACUGUAAAGAUGGAUCUGAUGAAGAAAAUUGUGAACUUCAAUGCAAUCCUGGGAUGUUUCAGUGCAUUCAGGGAAAGAAGUGUAUUGACUUCCGGCAAGUGUGUGAUGGGACUCCUCAGUGUCCAGAUAACUCUGAUGAAGCAGGCUGCUGGAAACCCACCAAGAGCUGCAGCAUGCGCUGUGAUGGGAACACCCGCUGUAUCCCAGAGGUGUUCAUCUGUAAUGGUAUGAGGAACUGUUGGGACGGCUCGGAUGAAGCUGACUGUGCCAUGCCGACCCCACCAUCACCGUGCAAAAGCCCUUAUGUGGCUUGUCAGGGGACGUCACUAUGCAUCCUGCAGCGAUAUCUGUGUGAUGGGAGAAAAGACUGUCCUGAUGGAUCUGAUGAGAGACCGUGCCUCCGCAACUGCCCAUAUCGCAGUGAUUUUAUGUGUAACGACAGGAGUAAGUGUGUGGAGAGAGAUUUGGUGUGUGAUGGUCGUGCUCACUGCAUUGACCGUUCAGAUGAGAUGGGAUGUCCCACCAUGGCUGCUAAAACCUCAACAGCGUCAUUAAAGUGUCGUGUGGGCUCUAAACCCUGUAAGGAUGGACUUGAGUGUGUCCUGUACAGUCAUGUGUGUGAUGGAGAGAGAGACUGUAAGGAUGGAUCGGACGAAGCUGACUGCGAUUUUAAUUGUAAAACAGGGGAGUUUCAGUGUGCCCAUGGGAGGAAAUGCAUCGACUCAAAGCUUGUGUGCGAUGGCAAACCACAAUGUCAAGAUUUUUCUGAUGAGAGGGAUUGCUUCACACGCAGCAAGAGCUGCAGCCAUCGCUGUGACAACAAAACUCGCUGCGUCCCAGAAAACUUCCUGUGUGAUGGAGAGAAAGACUGUGUGGAUGGCACUGAUGAAUCUGACUGUGGGUACCCCACAAAGGUGGUGAAGUGUGAAAGUCCUGCUGUAUUGUGUCGUGAUGGGUCGCUGUGCAUCCCUCACACUAGUCUCUGUGAUGGCAAGAGAGAUUGUCCUGAUGGAUAUGAUGAAACAUUCUGCUUUGACAGAUGUCCGAACUCAGGUGACUUUCUAUGCAAGGACAGAAGGAAGUGUAUUGAUGGGAAUCUGGUGUGUGAUGGUCGCUCUCACUGCAUUGACGGUUCAGAUGAGAUGGGAUGUCCCACCAUGGCUGCUGAAACCUCAUCCUCGGGGCCAUUAAAGUGUCGUUUGGGCUCUAAACCCUGUGAGGAUGGACGUGAGUGUGUCCUGUACAGUCAUGUGUGUGAUGGAGAGAGGGACUGUAAGGAUGGAUCUGAUGAACGGGGCUGUGAAUAUAAGUGUAAAGCAGAUCAGUUCCAGUGCGCUCAUGGGAGGAUGUGUAUCGACAGAAAGCAGGUGUGUGACGGCACACCUCAGUGUCAGGACCGCUCUGAUGAAAUGGACUGUUUCACUCGCUCACACGACUGCAAACACCAGUGUGACAAUAAAACUCGCUGCAUCCCAGAAAACUUCCUCUGUGAUGGAGAGAAAGACUGUGUAGACGCCACUGAUGAAGACAACUGUGCUCCUGUUACUGGCCCGUCCAUCACAGACCCUUCUAAAAUAUCAUCCCAGCCAGUCUGCAUUAGCCCUUCUGUGUUUUGUCAUGAAACCUCGAAAUGCAUCACACAAUCCCAAAUAUGUGAUGGGAAGACAGACUGUCCGAGUGGAGCAGAUGAGCAGUCUUGCAUACAUUCAUGUCCAGAUCCAGACCAGUUUCUGUGCAAGGACAGACAGCAGUGUGUUAGGAGGACCCUAGUGUGUGACGGUUACCCGCACUGCGCUGACGGGUCGGAUGAGCAACAGUGUCCCACCUGUGCUUUACGUUGCGACCAGAAGAUGGUGUGCCUGACUAAACAGCAGCUCUGUGAUGGAAAACCAGACUGUAGAGACGGUUCAGAUGAGAAGAACUGUUACACUGGUGUGGUUGCAAGUGCUUCAUUGCCUCUGAAAUGUCCCCUGGGAUCCAAGCCUUGUAGGGAUGGGAAAGAGUGUGUCCUGUACAGCCACGUGUGUGAUGGAGAGAAAGAUUGCAAGGAUGGAUCUGAUGAAAGGAACUGUGAGCGUAAAUGUAAAAAAGGCCAAUUCCAGUGCGCUCAUGGCAGGAAGUGUAUAGACAUGAAGCUUGUAUGUGACGGCACACCUCAGUGUCAGGACCGAUCAGAUGAGAUCAACUGCAUGAAGCUCUCAGAGGAGUGCAGACACCAGUGUGACAAUAACACCCGCUGCCUUCCUGAAUCCUUCCUCUGUGAUGGAGAGAAAGACUGUGUGGAUGGCACGGACGAAGCCAACUGUGUGGUGGAGCCGUGUUCAAGUGACCGUUUCCAGUGCAGUAACGGUCAGUGUGUGGCUCUGUCCCUCCGCUGUGACGGGUUCGCUGACUGUCGUGAUCACUCGGAUGAGAAGAGCUGUGCUCAGCCGCCUCACUGUCCUGUGGAGCAGCGCUGCCCUCACACUCACGAGUGUCUGCUGAAAGAGUGGCUCUGUGAUGGAGACCAGGACUGCAGUGAUGGGUCUGAUGAGAGGAACUGCAAGGUGACUCUGCUGAAGUGUGGAGAGUUCCAGUGGUCCUGUGCAUCUAAAACUCAAUGCAUUGCGAAGAUGUGGAAGUGUGACGGCGUGAAGGACUGCAAGGACGAGAGUGAUGAAUCUGGCUGUGGUCAAGUGAAAUGCCCGACACACUUGUUCCGGUGUGGAAGUGAGGAGUGUGUGGACCCAGAUCUGGUGUGCAACGGGGCCUCUGACUGUGCAGAUGGUUCUGAUGAGGGUGUGGGCUGUCUGAAGAACAACUGCUCCAGUCCCAGCAGCCCAUCAUGCCAACACUACUGCUUCAGCACUCCACAUGGAGCGAGAUGUGGCUGUAAGACUGGCUUCAGGCUUCAGUCUGACGGUUUAACCUGCAAUGACGUAGAUGAAUGUAAAGAGAUUCUGCCCGCUGCCUGUGCUCAUAACUGCGUCAACACGCUAGGCUCCUACCUGUGUCGAUGCCAACCUGAAUUUAUACUGGAGCCAGAUGGUCGCAGCUGCAAGACGGCAGAGGAGCCCAGUCUUUUGGUCUCUGAACAGUAUGAGCUGUUAAAGUUGGGUCUGCGAAGCUCCAAUAUUCAAGCUCUCAUCACACCAGGACGGAAGCCCGUCUUCUCUCUGGACUAUGACCUGAGAGAGCAUAGAGUUUACUGGGUCAGUCUGGAGGAAGAGAGCAUCAAAUAUGCCUUCCAUGGGGAAAAGGACAACAUUAGAACUAUCGUCAAAGGUGUGAAGUCAGACUCCAUUGCUAUUGACUGGAUGGGAAGGAACCUUUACUGGGUGGAUGGUGUUGCUGGGCAGAUUCUAGCUGUGAGAUUGACCAGCAGCAUUGUAAAGCCCCAAAACUACAUUGUAAUUCUGGAUAAGGAUUUGGAGCAGCCCCGCUCGCUUGCGCUGCUGCCGCAGAAAGGGAUAAUGUUCUGGUCUGAGAUCGGAGGUCCCGCACAGAUCGAACGCUCUAGCAUGGACGGCUCGGACAGGAGGGUGGUGAUCAGCCGCGGUCUCAGCUGGCCUGUCAGUGUGACGCUGGACGUUUUGACGGACCGACUAUAUUGGACUGACGAGAAGCUCGGAUGUAUAGGCUCAGCGACAUUGGAUGGAGAAAACAUAAGGUUGCUACAGCUGUCUGAGAUGCCCAGUCCUUUCUCUGUGGCGGUGUUUAAUGACAUGGUCUACUGGUCUGACACUCGUAGAAGAUCCAUUCAAGGUGCCAAUAAACUGACUGGCAAGAACCGCAAAGUUUUUCUCAAGAGACCCGGACAGCCUUUCGGCCUCAAAGUUGUCCACCCUCUCUUGCAGCCCAACGUGUCCAACCCCUGUAAGAAGCUGAAGUGCUCCCACAUGUGCUUGCUGGCUGCGGCGCUCAAAGCGGUGUGUCGCUGCCCGGCAGGACUUCUGUUGGCCGUGGACGGAGUCACUUGCGCCCCACUUGUCGAUUCUUCCUCCUCUUUUCUUAUGCUACUGUCACCUACCAUGAUCACACAGAUCUUCACCAGGAGCCUUCAAGGAGAGGUUGGGCUGAAGACCUGGCCCGAGCACCGUAACCUGACUCUCCCUGGCGUGAAGGAGGCUUCAGACUUCGACCUGCUCCUCAGAGACCGCACGAUCUCCCUAGCUGACGCGGGACAGGGCUCAGUGGCUCAGCUCAAACUCGGCAGCUCUGGCUUCACACCGAUCGGCCCCGUGCUGCAGCUCAAAGGGGACCUGGUGACCGCUCUGGCUGUGGACUGGGUCACCCGUAACCUGUACUGGAGCAGCGUCAAGAGCCCGCAGCUGUACGUCACGUCCCCUGGAGGGAAGUUCACCGCCCUGGUGCUGCAGGCGGAGCUGGAGGGAACCAUCUCCAUCGCCCUGCACCCUCCCUCAGGCCGGCUGUGCUUCACCGCAGUGGGGCGGGGGGGGCCCGAGCCCAUGCCUCAGGUCCACUGCGCUCACAUGGACGGGAGGAACCGCACGCUGCUGUGGAGCAAAGCCAAGAUGCCCGCUUCACUCGCGUUUUCUGAGAAGGGAACAUCACUGUAUUGGGCAGAUAUUGGCAGUGAACUGAUUAGCUCUAUUAAUAUAGACGGCUCCGGUUAUAAGCAGUACAGCACCGGACCUGCCUUCAUGAUCUCUUUUGCCCGUAUCGAGAACAUCAACUUCUGGAUCACCCUGGAGAACGGUACAACUCGAGUGUGGUACAGCGAUGGCUUCCAGCCCAAGCAGAUGUGGUUUGAGGUGAAGACGAGCGUUCUAGAGUUGAAGGCUUUCAGCAGGUCCAGUCAGAAAGGAACCAAUGUGUGCUCUGAGAGCAAUGGGGGCUGCAGUCACCUGUGCCUGCCCUAUCCCGGUGGACGCUCGUGUCGCUGUGCGCAGGACUUCCUUUCUGUGAACAAGACUCAAUGUCUUUCCAACCUCAAGUGCCCUGUUGGCAGUAAAGCCUGCCGGGACGGCCUCAAGUGUGUCCCUGUGUCCAAGUUCUGCGACCAGGUCCCAGACUGCCAGGACCGAUCGGAUGAGGACUGUGACCUCGUGAAAACCAAACCAGGUCUCAAAUCCAAAUCUGGACCUUUCUCUCUGGACUCUGCUGUGGGACAGUCUCCGUCUCGAGACGACGAGGGUGUGGAGCAGGAUCUGGGCGGUCUGUCGUGCGAGGAGCGAUGCGGGAGUCACGGGAAGUGUGUGAGCGUGAAGGGAGAGCCGGUGUGUGAGUGUGAGGAGGGCUACAGCGGGGAUCUCUGUCAGAACACUAACUCCAGCUCCACUGGCCUCGCGCUCUCGCUCAGCUUUCUCUUCGGCGGAGCUCUGCUGGCCGCCGUCAUCCUCAGGAGGAGAAGGAUGCACGCAGCAAGGGAAGAGGCUACUGAAAAAGAGACGCUGGUGCCUACUGACGUGAAGGAGGACAUAACCUACUCUCAAAACUUUGAUAAUGAGUUGUAUGAUCCAGAAGAGGCUGCGAUUACUCCAGUUGUCAGCUAA